AUGGGUGUCGAGAAACAAGUCCUCAAGGAGGGAGAUGGAGUCACCUUUCCUAAGAAGCAUGACGAGGUUUCGAUGGAGUACACAGGUAGCACAUCAUUCCAGUUCGUCGGCAGGGAUCUCACGAAUCGUCUAGGUUGGCUUUACGACGAGAGCAAAGCGGACAAUAAGGGGAACCAGUUCGACUCGUCGGUGGGCCGUGGGAGCCUUGUGACUGAGAUUGGCGUUGGCCGUGUUAUUCGCGGCUGGGAUGAAGGCAUCUUAGGCUCCUCAGAGUCAGCGCCCAUGUCGCUAGGCGAGAAGGCCACCCUGACUAUCACACCUGACUACGGCUACGGCGAUCGUGGUUUUCACGGAUACAUUCCUCCCAACGCUAGACUGGUCUUUGAUGUCGAACUCAAAGCGAUCAACGGUAACAAGGCCUCAUAG